AGCUAGCGGGUCCCUGAAGUCCCGGUUACCCCCGGUGGCAGCUGCGUCCCUGCAUCUGUGGCAAGGGACGGAGGGGUCGGUCUGUGCCCAUCUCAGUGGUCAGCGAGUCUCUCCUCAGUCUGCGGCUCCGUGUCGCUGGGUCCCUGUCUCUCUCUCUCUGUCUUUGUCUCUCAUUUCCCGUCUCAGCCUCCGUCUUGUCCUGUGUCCCUGUUGCGCUCCCCGGGGUUCUGGGGUUUCCCCCACGGCUGCAGCCGGAAGGAAGGAAGGGCUGCCGACCAGCCCCGCGUGCUGGGAAAGGCCAGAGGUCCCCACUUCUCCCUUUCCCAGCCUCCUCUCCCCGCCCCCACCCGAGACCUUCCGCGACCUUCCACGCCGAGGUGGCCGGGACAGGGGGCCGGGGGCUGCCGCCUUGCUCAUCUCUCAGGUCCCAGGAACCCGGCCACUCCUGGAAGCCCAGCCGGCCACAGCCAUGACCCUGGGGCUUCUCCUGGCCCUCGCCCUCUGGGCCAGGUGCCCGCCCUGCCGUGGAAGGGAAGCCACUCCCACUCUGCCCAGGGUGCAGUGUCGAGCCUCCCGAUACCCGCUAGCGGUGGACUGCUCCUGGACCCUGCAGCCAGCUCCCAACACCACCAGGCCCGUGCCCUUCAUUGCCACCUACAGGCUUGGCGUGGCUGCCCAGGGAGAGAGCCGGCCCUGCCUCCAGCCGACACCCGAGGCCACCAACUGCGCCAUCCCGGACAUCCAGCUGUUCUCCAUGGUGCCCUAUGUGCUCAAUGUCACAGCCGUCCACCCCUGGGGUGCCAGCAGCAGCUUCCUGCCCUUCGUGGCCGAGCACAUCAUCAAGCCUGACCCUCCGGAAGGCGUGCGCCUGAACCCCCUCCCCGGGCAGCAGCUGCAGGUGCAGUGGGAGCCUCCCCGGUCCUGGCCCUUCCCGGAGAUCUUCUCGCUCAAAUACCGGAUCCGCUACAAGCGGCACGGGGCCGCCCGCUUCCGUCAGGUGGGGCCCAUUGAAGCCACGUCCUUCACCCUCAGGGCUGUGCGGCCGCGGGCCAGGUACUGCGUGCAGGUGGCUGCGGAGGACCUCACUGACUACGGGGAGUCGAGCGACUGGAGCCUCCCUGCGACCACUCUCGUGAUGCCGCGCAACUAGUGGGGAUUUCCAGUGUCCCUAAGGAGGGGCUGGGUCCUUGACACCCCCCACACCUGCUGCCAGGCAUUUGAGGAUGGACGGGACCCACCUGGCUGGGGUCCGAGUCGUGGCUUUGCUGCUGCCAAGCUGCUGGGCAACAUCAGGCAACUGACUUUGCCCCUUUGAGCCUCAGUUUCCAAAUCUGUGAAAUGGGGAUGUGCUCUCCCUUUAAACUGUGGAUGUGAGAUAUUUUUUAUUUAAGAAAAGAAGCUUGGAAUUUUAAUUAGAAAAUACUCAUUGUUGGCUGGGUGCGGUGGU